AUGAUAUCAUUAACCAACCUCUUCACCAUCCUCCUUCCCCUCUCCGCUACCGUCGCUCUCUCCUCUCACCUCCCUCCACCAAUCAAGAGAGCAGGUCACCACGACAAGGCCCGAAAGAACUUCCAGCACAUCCACUCCAAUGAAAACAACUCGACGUUGGUACCUAGAGGUACGACGUAUACCGGAACAGGUACUUUCUACUAUACGGGUUUAGGUGCUUGUGGACAGUAUUCAAAAGAUAGUGAUUAUAUGGUCGCUCUCAAUUCGGCUCAGUAUGGUAGCGGAUACCCAGGUCCUCAAUGUUUCAAAGGAAUUACCAUCCAGGCUAAUGGAAACACCGUAUCAGGUGUGACUAUCAUGGACGAAUGUCCAACUUGUGGAUACGGUUCAUUGGAUCUUUCUCCCGGUCUCUUUAAGCAAUUCGCAAGUGAAGAUGCAGGUGUUAUCUCUAUUACUUGGUGGUUCAACGAUGACUCUUCUGAGGCAACUACCACCUCGCAAACACCCACCUCAACAUACGUAGCACCCACCUCAACAUACAACCCCCCAACUUCAACAUGGGUAGAACCGACCUCAACGUACACUCCUCCUACGUCCACCUGGACCCCUCCCGCAUCUUCAUCAGCCACCACCACCUCUCAAGCCGCUCCAUCAUCCAUCACAUCCACCUCCGCCGCCGUCUCAUCGUCUACCAUAACCUCCUCUGCGUUGUCUAGUACCGCUUCGUCGAUAAUCGCUCAUAAUACUACGAACCCCUAUGUGGUCAUCUCGUCAAACUCCACCGCAGCUUCUGUCACUGCUGGAGUCACAACCGAGACUGACGGAGAGGACAGCGAAGGAAGUGAGGGAGUUAGCGUUACUGUCACGGGUAACAUAGAAGGAUUGAAUGGGUUGGUAGCUCAGUAUGGGCAAUUGGUUGUCGUAGCUGCUGAAGCUGCUUAA